UUGGAAGUCAGUCAAUAUUCUUACAGCUCACCAUAUGUAAUAUCCAAGAGAAGCAAGAAAUGUACAGCAAACAGACAAAUUACAUAAACACAUGCCCAAGAGUGGGCCGUCUGCGUCGUCCUUCCAGCUAAACUCGACUCGAUUGACACUGCAGCAAUCGUGCCACCGUAAAUCCACCUCCACUCGGAUUUCUUAUUUCUGCCCCGUCAGAAAAGUCCAGGGCCCAUCAAAGACCCUCAGAAUUACACUUCCCAGCAAGGUGAAUAUGGGUGCAUACUGCCAGUGUCCCCAUUGGCCGUGUCCAUGCGUCCAGCAAAUGGCCCCGUCCCCAAAUGCCACGGCGCUAGCAGCGAUCAACGUCCAGCCCAAGGAGCGAGAGGUGCCCAAGAAUGAAGCUGCAUAGAUGGCGAACCCGAUGAAAAUAUUUCGAAUCCCAUACACCGCCAUCAGGCUGUCUACCAGGAUCCGGUCUGCCGGUGGAGACGGGAGCUCGAAGAUGGCUAAAGCACCGUCGGGGUUGUAGAUUGCAUUGAUCCCGAAGCCGAUGAAUGGAGUGGCCAAGGCAGUAGCGAUCAUGCGAACGAUUGAAGAUUGUGAGAGAGACAUACUGCAAUAAUGGCCGUAAUAGGUAUAGCAAGCAUAGAGAGGGUUAUGUUUGUGAAUUAUGUCUGUAGGUCACGUUGCAGACUGGUGGUCACAAUGGUCACAGUGAGAAGCAGCAAUGUGGAAGAGGGAUGCAUGAUCUGGUCAUGUCCUCCACCCCCAGCUUUUGUAUGACUUUCGACCUCUUUUCCUUUCCAUUUCUUCUGCCUCACUUAUUUGGCCCCCGAAUGAAAGCAACACGGCCAUCUCCUCCUUGGCUAGGCUCCCACGGGGCUUUUGGCAUCAUUCGAGGGUCCUUUGCCUCGUUUCUCCCGCGUCAGUAAACAAACCUCCACAUCCCUAUUGGAUCUCAGCACCCAACAAUGUUGGACUGGAUGAAGGGGAACGAGGCUGGGGCAACAGACACCUCCAAGGUGCUGGAGCCCCCCGAGACGCCAGCUCCCGUGUUCGCGAUGCGCGCCUUCAAGAGCGCUUUGUUCGGCACGCCCGGUGCUGAGGAGGAAGAAAAGGAGAACGCGGGGGAGAAGGAACACGCCUCUCAACCGAAGCCGUCGGUUCAUCAGCGCAGCAAGAGCGACACCACCAAGCCCGUCACUAUCGAGAAGGAGCUCGCGAAAACAGAUAUCGACUCUACCUUCAACCCCACGGGUUCGCCCACCAAGAGCAUACUCGUCACGCCCGGUACCAUUGCCAACCGUCGUAAAACAGUCUCCUUUGGUGAGGGUGUCGUUGACAAUGAAGGAAAACGCGAGAGUCAGUCCAGUCGGGCCCCCAAAACACCACCAAAUCCAAAUGGAAUUACGGCACAAUGGAUGUCGGGAUCGGCCAAUGGCAAGCCACCAAGCAAACUUACCCAGACUCUGCUCGACGCUCGUGAGAACGCGUCGAAGAAUGCCGAAUCCGCCAAACCUCCUUCAGAUGAUUCGUCCGAGUCCAAACCCGAUGCGCGCCCUACAUCGAAGGACGAAUUGGGCAUGGAGGAUAUUACCAUCAAUCUAGACGAGCCACGAUCGGAGUCUGGUAAAUAUUGGAAGACGGAAUUUGACAACUAUCGCGUGCGAACCAAUCGUGAGAUCAAAAAGCUGAUUCAUUACCGAUCAAUCGCCAAGUCCUAUGCUCGGAAGAAGGAUUCAGAGGCGUUACGCCUGGCUGAUAAACUUCGAGAAGAGGAAGAAAAGGUGGCAGAUAUGGAGCGUCAAGUGUCACGCCUGGCUGCCAUGAUUGUUGGAGAAGGAUCCAAGGCAGACAAGGAGCAAUUGAUCCAAGACUUGACCAAGCAAACUACCCUGGCACUGCAAUACAAGCAGCAAGUUACCUCUCUGCGUAACACGCUGGAGCAACAAGGCGUGAUUAAGGAUGGCGUGGUGAAAACCACAGACUCGACCAAGGAAGAGCCAUCGGCCCAAGGCUCGUCAAACUCUUCAGAAGAGCUACGCAAAGCCCAGGAAGAGUUGAAACAAGCGAAUGUCAAGAUUGAAGAGCUGAAAUGCCAGAACCCAGAUCUCAGUAAGCUCCAGAGUCUCGCGCAAAGUUCCGAAAAGAAAGCGCAGGAGCUCGAAAAGGAGAAUAAUACUCUCAAACAAACAUUGGCGCGUGUGAAGCAAGAAAUGUCACGAUACGAGGGCCGACGCAAGGAGAAGGAGACGAAGCUCAAGCAAAGAGAGGCCAAGCUUGAGGCCCGUAUACAAGAGUAUCGGGAUCGGCUCAAAACGACUACCCAAGAGCACCGGGAAUCAGAAGAGAAGCUGCGGGCCAGCUUCGACGAGGAGCGCCGCCGCAUGCAAAGUCAAAUCGAUCUAUUGAAGAUCAGGGCAUCUGCAUCUGACCGCAGCAUCCCAGCCCUGCGACCCCAGCAGCGGCAAUCCCUCAGUCCGCGUAAAGCAUACGACGGUGUUCGUGUGCACGAUUUCGCCAUGCAGGAUCACCCAUUACCAGACGAAGAGGCCACAGAAGACCUAGACGCACCUCCAAGUCCCAGCCCACGCUCCAAGGCCCGAGAACAACGCCACCACACUCGCAACGCUACAACGGGUACCAUCGACGUCAAACGCACCGCACGAAAUAUCACAGCCGACGACGACGAAGUCACACACUAUCUAAACGAGAUCCUUCCCAAACCACACACCACACACCGCACCAAUCAAAUCACAGUUCCCCCAUCCUCGCCACCCGACAUUUCAGCCCUGAGAACCCUCGACCGCAAUCAUCAAAAGUACCUCAACACGGGCGAAAAGCAGCGCAGCUACCGCUCUCUUUACCGACGUGAAACUACAGAUACUGCCCUUGAGAAUCGCUAUGAAAACCUCACCCACCGUCCCCGCACUCACAUUAAAUCUGCGCUAGACUCGAUGUCCGCAGUCCCGGUCCCGUCCGCCCGCCCUGUCUACGCCGGGUACACUAUUAGUGCCGGGGAGCGCGGUCUUCGACGGACGGGUCUAGCAGAUAUGAGAGGCGAGGCUCUGUCGCCGGAGCGUGUGGCUGCGGCCAAGUCGAGGUUGAAGUUGAAGCAGGAUAGUCGGAAGGUCAAGGCAUUGGGGAAAGAGAAUGGUGGUGGAGAGUUAUUGGGGUGAUUGAUUGAUUUCAUUUUCUUUGAGAUACAUACAUACAUACUGUGCAGGUUGCGAUUUGCUUUUUCUGAUUUGGUUUACAUUGGGAUGCGAGAUAGGUGUGGACGGUGUUGGAUUUUCCUUUAACCGAUUCUUAUUUUUACUUGGAGAGCGACUAUGGAGACUGAGUAAAGGAGUCACAUAACUUGGACUUUCGUUUGUUACUCGGACAUUAUUUCCAUCUUUUUUUUUCACAAACUUGGAGAUAGACCGCAGUGCUAUGAACGAUGCUGCUAUUGUACCUACAAGUAAGCUAUAUUCUAUGACCACUUUCCGAUCUAUUACAUCUAGGAUGAGAGGUAUCGCCAUACACAAUGGACGUCCAAUUCUAUCGUCCAAGCCAAAUUCAAGAAAACCCGUCAUAUCUCCAUUCAAACCACUUCCAUUAAAAUCCUUUUCAUAUCUCUUUUCUUUUCUUUUCUUUAGAUGGGACCUCACACCUUACCGUCGGAGAAGGACACGACGGCCCAUUUUCCAGUCCACGCCCACUUGCGCGACUCACUGCCACCGCCACCAGGAAGCUGGCGGAGCUUCUCGUCCUCGCCAGCGGGGAGACCAACGACCACAUCGGCCUUGCAGGUGCGGAAGGCCAGAACGCGGAUUCCGGACUUGGGCCCCAGGGGGCCGAUAGCGGUUGUGAAGGGGGUUGUGGGGUCCCAU